AUGGUGGCCACUGGCAUGAUCAAGGACGCCAAGGCACCUCUCAACUCGACUGGUCCAAGUGUGUGUCGCGGUUGCCAGCAAGGAAAGAUGGUCCAAAAACCAUUCCCAACCAACCGUGACAAACGCCAAUAUGGUGUGUUCGAGUUGCUGCACUUCGACAUCUACGGGCCAAUGGAACAAGUCUCGAUCGGCGGCAGCAGAUACUUACUGCUUGUGGUUGACGAAGCUAGCGGUUGCAUGAAGGGCUUCUGUCUGCGGUCCAAGUCUGAGAGUGAAGACUGUAUCAAGAACCACAUCAUCAAGAUUCAGACUCAGUUCGGCACGAAGAUCAAGUUUGUUCGGCACGAUGGAGCGCAUGAGUUUGCGACCAACUCCAUCAAGACCUUCUACGAAGAUCAUGGUAUCGAACAACAGGUCACGGUGCCGUAUGCACACCAGACCAACGGCACCGCAGAACGCGCGAUAAGGACCAUCGUCACGAUCGGACGCAGCUUGUUGCAUCAUGCAAAACCGGAGAAGUGUUUCUGGGGUGAAGCGUCAAUGGCUGCGAUUUACAUCAAGAACCGCCUACCGUCACCCAAGAUCGACCACAAGACUCCGUUCGAGAUCGUGUACAAGUCGAAACCAAGUGUCAAGCACAUGCGCGUGUUUGGAUGUCGGGCGUUUAUCCUGACACCAAGGGAGAAGCGAUUGAAGUGGGACCCGAAAGCUCGUGAAGGGAUGUUCAUGGGAUACGAAGAAGUUUUAAAAGCGUAUCGAGUUUACGACAUUGAGGCGGACCAAGUGGUGAUUAGUCGUGACAUCACCUUCGACGAAUCGACUUUUGACUUUUCGAUGGACCGACCAAGUGACGAUGAUGAAGAUGCGGAGUUGGACCUCGACCUCCUGGCGAUCAACGAGGACGACGUGCGUCAAACCGUCUACAAGCAGACUGGCAAGCGCAAGAGUGAAGCAAGACCCGGCAUGUCACGUUCAGCUCGCCCUCGAACUGGGUUGGAACAAGCAAGUGCGCCGGCACACGUCUCCAACCGUCACCAGAAACGACGAUCAAGUGCUCCAGAAACGAUGUCUGAUGACGAAGAAGAUACAAGCGUCUACGAUCAAGAUGACGACUCGACACCUCCAACAUUUUGGCGUGCAAGCGCAAACGCAGUGGAAGCAACGGACCUAGCAGAACCUGUGACUUUUCAAGACGCGAUCAAUGGUCCUGAUCAAGCUCACUGGCGAAAUGCUGUGAAGGCGGAACUCAAGUCGAUGCAUCUUCGUGGAGUUUUCCGUGCGGCAAAACUACCAAGAGGCCAAGGCGCGAUCGGCACCAAGUGGGUGUUCAAGAUCAAGCGCAAAGCGGAUGGAUCGGUCGAGAAAUACAAGGCGCGUCUCGUUGCCAAGGGCUUCAAGCAGAAGUACGGCAUCGACUACACAGAGACGUUCUUGCCCGUGGUCAAGUACGUGACACUGCGUAUGGUGAUCGCGAUCACCAAGUAUUUCGACUGGCCACUGGACCAACUCGAUGUGGUGACAGCCUUUCUCUACGGAGUGAUGAAGGAGAAGGUGUACUGCGUGGUACCAGAAGGCGUCGAGAUGGAUGGCGACUUCGACUGUCUCGAGUUGGUGAAGGCGAUCUACGGUCUCAAGCAAGCUUCACGUGUGUGGAACGAGACUUUCGACGAGUUCGUAUGCUCUAUCGGUUUCGAAGCGUCGGCGUUCGACCCAUGUCUCUACAUCAAGGUUGUCGACGGUCACUGUGUGCUCGUGCUGGUCUACGUGGAUGACGUGUUGGUCACCGGCAGCUCGCUCGAGUUGAUUGCGCAGACGAAGGCCGACCUCAAGACGCGUUUCGAGAUGACCGACAGUGGCAAGUGUACUUUUGUACUGGGCAUCGAACUGGUGGACGAAUCGGAUGGCAGCGUGACGAUGUGCCAGCGACGGUAUGUCAACGACAUCCUCAAGCGCUUCGGCAUGGAUGAGUGCAAGGCCACAGCAAGUCCGCUGUGGGAGCUAGCUUUGAUGCACUUGACGACUGCGACGCGCCCGGACAUUGCGUAUGCUGUGGGGUACGUCUCGCGCUCCAUGGAGAAUCCGCAGCAAGAACAUUGGACGGCGGUGAAGCGCAUCUUUCGUUACUUGCAAGGGACCAAGUCACACGGACUCCGCUUCCAGCCAAGCGACAAGAUCGACUUUCGUGGCUACUCGGACGCGGACUGGGCCGGCGACCACGCUGAUCGCAAGUCGACUUCGGGUUACACUUUCAUGCUGAUGGGUGCUCCUGAAGGCAAGUGGGUGCAUCGCCUGCUAUGCGAGAUUUUGGCGGCCGCAAACGAACCAGGACCGGACCUCGUCAUCCGUGAAGACAACCAGUCGUGCAUCAAGAUGACGAAGAAUCCGGUGAAUCAUGGCCGCGCCAAGCACAUCGACAUCAAGUACCAUCACAUCCGUGAUGAGGUCAAGCGCGGUGAAGUGCAGCUCGAGUAUUGCGAGACUUCCGUGAUGAUGGCGGACAUCAUGACCAAGGGACUUUCGGGACCUCGUCACAAGGACUUGACGACGGCUCUCGGCAUUCGUGCGAGUUCGGAUUGA